CACGAUAAACAUUUUGCUAUGCUGCUAUGCUGAUUAAUCUGCAACUAUCAUGUGGAUCUUCAUUGAGCGAUAGUGUCGCUCUCUUCAGACUUUGCCACACAAAAGUCACACUGCGCUAGUGAGUCAUCAAACACCAUAAAAGUCAAACAUCCUAUGCGAACAUCUCAUACUAUCGCCGUCAACCGACGGUGGCAUGAGCCGACAAAAUGUGCUGGUCAUCGACCACCAUUUCAAGCAUGUCUACCAGACCAGAGGAGUCGUAUCGCUCGGCUGCCACAGAACUCUCGUCCACCUCCUCCAGGAGAUAUCUUCCAUUACGAUUACAUUUGUCACAAAUGUCAAAAAAUGACUCUAAGCGCGAAGCGCAUAGACUUAAGAAGCGACCUCUCUGUUCUUUUAGGACAGAAGUGAAAAGCUUGAAGUCAUGGUCUGGCACCCUAGCCCAUCUGUUGCCAUCAGUGGAAUGAUAUAAGGUGCUCCUGGGGAGGCUCUUACUGAUUGUCCGUUACGCCCAACUUUCCGGGCCCCUCGGCUACUAGUAUCAGGUCCAGGAUAUGUCUCCCAAUUUCUUGGGCGAGGGUGUGCGGAUU